UAUGUGCUUAUGGUAAAGGCAGGUGGCAGGUACAGAGGCUGUGGGAAGUUGGGGUCCCUCCGCCUCCACAGGCAGCCCUGUACUGGCCUGGUGUAUACGUUUCUGUGCAGACGUACACCACCCUGUGUGUGCACAGAUGUAUUUUUACACAUGGCUCUGGACAGCUGUCUGACUCUGUCAGCAGCAGGCCUUGGAGGGGCGCAGGCCCGGGUGGGGGGUGGGGGGACAUCCAGAGGUCUUUGAGUCCAGCCCUCUGCCUCCAGGCCACGCCCACUCUGUCGUCAGAGCCCCCUGUGCCUGAGGCGCGCGCGGCUGGGAGCCCUGCCCUCCUCGGGUCUGGCUUUCCAUCCUGCUGAGUACUUGGGGCAUUUCCCUCUUUGAGCAAGGUGUGGUCUUCCCUGUCCUGGCACUAGACACAAGGCAGUGGGCCUUCCUGCCAUUCUAAAUGUAGCUUAAGACAAUCAGUGCAAAGCAACCCUCGGUGGGUGUCCAGCCCAUGCCUCAGGAGGCCGGAAAGGUUGCCUGGUGGGAGAGCAUCUUGGCUGACUGUAGAAAGGCCCAUGUUGGGGUCCGUUCCACAGAGGUCGUCAGGUGUCUCUGCCUGGCGGAGAGGGCCCUUCUCCCCUCAGGAAGGCCCGUCUGGAAGGAUAGCAGAGGACUGCUCACAGGAAGAGCAUGCCGAGUGCUCUUUCUCAGGAUGCCAGGAGUUGGUGAUAUGGGAACUGGGUUUUGAGGGAUGCCUAGGAGUUCAUCUAUCAGAGGGGAAAUGAGGAAGCCAUGCAGGAUCAAUGGAUAAAGUGUGCUCAGGUGAGGGCUGGCUGGUGGGCCACUGCAAGGUAGGGGCCUGUCCAGUGCUCCCCCACUUACUUGCUGCCUCCCGACUGCUGUAAUUAUGGGUCUGUAACCACCCUGGACUGGGUGCUCCUCACUGACCGACUUGUCUGAACCUCUCUUUGUCUCCAGCGCCCAGCACUGGGCCUGGCAAAGCCAGAGACGCCUGGUACACGUUGGCCAAAUGAAUGAACCAGAUUCAGACCGGCAGGGGCGCUGUGGUUUAGGAGGGGCCUGGGGUUUCUCCCAGGAGGUUUUUGGGCUCGCCCUGGAGGGCUCUGGGCCGUUUGCACCAGUGGCCUGCAUCCUGGUCCAGUCUUCUUCAUGUUUGAAUUUCUUUGCUUUCCUAGUCUGGGGAGCAGGGAGGAGCCCUGUUCCCUGUCCCAGGAUCCAUGGGUAGGAACACCAUGCACAGGGAGAGCAAACGGGGCCAUGUGUCACCAGGGGCUUAGGGAAGGCCGAGCCAGCCUGGGUCAAAGAAGUCUCAAAGGGACUGCCUGGAGGAGGCAGCCUGUCAGCUGGUGCGUCAGAGGCUGUGGCCAGGCCAGCUGGGCUCGGGGAGCGCCAGCCUGAGAGGAGCGCGGGAGCGUCGUGGAAGCCUCGGGCACCAUGAGUGACGUGGCUAUUGUGAAGGAGGGCUGGCUGCACAAACGAGGGGAGUACAUCAAGACCUGGCGACCACGCUACUUCCUCCUCAAGAACGAUGGCACUUUCAUUGGCUAUAAGGAGCGGCCGCAGGACGUGGACCAACGUGAGGCCCCCCUCAACAACUUCUCUGUGGCACAGUGCCAGCUGAUGAAGACAGAGCGGCCCCGGCCCAACACCUUCAUCAUCCGCUGCCUGCAGUGGACCACUGUCAUCGAACGCACCUUCCACGUGGAGACUCCCGAGGAGCGGGAGGAGUGGACAACCGCCAUCCAGACAGUGGCCGAUGGCCUCAAGAAGCACGAGGAGGAGAUGAUGGACUUCCGGUCGGGCUCACCCAGCGACAACUCAGGGGCUGAAGAGAUGGAGGUGUCCCUGGCCAAACCCAAGCACCGUGUGACCAUGAACGAGUUUGAGUACCUGAAGCUGCUGGGCAAGGGCACUUUCGGGAAGGUGAUCCUGGUGAAGGAGAAGGCAACGGGCCGCUACUACGCCAUGAAGAUCCUCAAGAAGGAGGUCAUCGUGGCCAAGGACGAGGUGGCCCACACACUCACCGAGAACCGUGUUCUACAGAACUCCAGGCACCCCUUCCUCACGGCCCUGAAGUACUCCUUCCAGACCCACGACCGCCUCUGCUUCGUCAUGGAGUACGCCAAUGGGGGCGAGCUCUUCUUCCACCUGUCCCGGGAGCGUGUGUUCUCUGAGGACCGGGCCCGCUUCUAUGGCGCUGAGAUCGUGUCAGCCCUGGACUACCUGCACUCGGAGAAGAAUGUGGUGUACCGGGACCUCAAGCUGGAGAACCUCAUGCUGGACAAGGACGGGCACAUUAAGAUCACAGACUUCGGGCUGUGCAAGGAGGGGAUCAAGGACGGCGCCACCAUGAAGACCUUUUGCGGCACACCCGAGUACCUGGCCCCCGAGGUGCUGGAGGACAAUGACUACGGCCGUGCGGUGGACUGGUGGGGGCUGGGCGUGGUCAUGUAUGAGAUGAUGUGCGGCCGCCUGCCCUUCUACAACCAGGACCACGAGAAGCUUUUUGAGCUCAUCCUCAUGGAGGAGAUCCGCUUCCCACGCACGCUUGGUCCUGAGGCCAAGUCCUUGCUCUCAGGGCUGCUCAAGAAGGACCCUAAGCAGAGGCUUGGCGGGGGCUCUGAGGACGCCAAGGAGAUCAUGCGGCAUCGCUUCUUUGCCGGCAUCGUGUGGCAGCACGUGUAUGAGAAGAAGCUCAGCCCACCCUUCAAGCCCCAGGUCACAUCGGAGACCGACACCAGGUAUUUUGAUGAGGAGUUCACGGCCCAGAUGAUCACCAUCACACCACCUGACCAAGAUGACAGCAUGGAGUGCGUGGACAGCGAGCGCAGGCCCCACUUUCCCCAGUUCUCCUACUCGGCCAGCGGCACGGCCUGAGCUGGCAGUGGACUGCGCUGGACAACAGCUUGGAGGGAUGGAGAGGCGGCCUCGUGCCAUGAUCUGUAUUUAAUGGUUUUUAUUUCUCGGGUGCAUUUGAGAGAAGCCACGCCGUCCUCCGAGCGCAGAUGGAGAGACGUUUUGGUGCUGUGGGCAGCACCCUCCCCCGCAGUGGGGUAGGGAAGAAAAUUGUCCUGCGGGUUUUAAUUUAUUUCAUCCAGUUUGUUCUCCGGACGUGGCCUCAGCCCUCAGAACAAUCCGAUUCACGUAGGGAAACGUUAAGGACUUCUGCAGCUAUGCGCAAUACGGCGCUGGGGGCCGGGCAGCUCCUGCGCUGUGUCCCCUGUCAGCCAGCCGCCCUGGGCUGUCACCAGCUGUCUUGCAUCUCUCUGGGGCCCUGGGCCUCAGUUCAACCUUGUGGCACCAGAUGCAACCUCACUAUGGCAUGCUGGCCGGCACCCUCUCCUGGGGGUGGCAGGCACACGGCAGCCCCCCCAGCACUAAGGCUGUGUCUCUGAGGACAUCAUCAGAGGCUGGGCCCCUGGGAUGGGACCAGGGAUGGGGGAUGGGCCAGGGUUUACCCAGUGGGACAGAGGAGAAGGUUUAAAUUUGUUAUUGUGUAUUAUGUUGUUCAAAUGCAUUGGGGGGUUUUAAAAAAUCUUUGUGACAGGAAAGCCCUCCCCCUUCCCCUUCUGUGUCAUGGUUCUUGGUGACUGCCCCACCGGGAGCCUCCCCCUCAGAUGAUCUCUCCACGGUAGCACUUGACCUUUUCCACGCUUAACCUUUCCGCUCUCACCCCAGGCCCUCCUUGACUCGCUGUGGGGGUGGCCGUCCCCGGGCCCUCCACGCCCUCCUGGCCAGAUGCUGCCGCUGCUGCUGCACCACGGCGUUUUUUACAACGUUAAACUUUAGUAUUUUUACUAUUAUAAUACGAAACUGUCCCUCCAAAUUCUUCAAUAAAAGUUGCUUUUCAA